CAACCUAAAAUACGGCUGCGAAAGUACCACCCCCUACGUAUCUGGACGGCAGCAUCCUCUCCAGUCUGAGACUCCAGUUUAAAAGGCCCGGAGAGGGCGAUCGGUAGCUGCAUCGACUGCCUGAUAUCAUCCCACCGACCUCUCUUCUCUUGCAUCACAACAUACCAUACGUACCACACACAUAUACACAUACACCUUACCACUGAUCCCAACAAUGGCUUCCGGUACUCUCGCCUUCUUCACCGCCAUGGAGGAGCAAGGUCGCAUCAUUGUCAACGAUGUACCCAAAUUCGACCUUGAGCUCUACAUCUCCAACUACAGAGGCCGCACUCGCUUUGACCGACUCCUACUGAUCGGACAGUGCUCCGUACCGCUGGGCCUGGACGCUCUAAAGGCCGCCGUCGCCGAGGCCAAGAAAGGGAAAGAUGUGCAACGGUAUCGUGAUGCCUGGGAAUGCAUCCGUAUGGCCGCCCCAGACGAGCCAGAAGCCCAGCUAGAUGAAGCUUGGGUCAACAAUACUGGCAAACUAAACAGAAAUCUUACCCACCAGCUGGAAGCCGAGCUAAAAGGCUACAAGAACAACCUUAUCAAAGAGAGUAUCAGGAUUGGUCAUCGAGAUCUUGGCGAGCAUCUGGAAGACAUGGGCAACCUUAACGGGGCUAUUGAUGCUUACCUUAAGAUGCGGUCCGAAGCCAGUGCCACAGCCCACGUCAUUGAUACCAAUAAACAUAUCAUAAGUGUUUUACUACAGAAGCGUGACUGGUCCGGGAUCCUAGGAUAUGCUAAUAAGCUUGUCAAUCCUGGUUCGUUGACUGAGGAAAUAACUGCCCACCAGCCUUAUCAGAAAAUGGUCGCCGGUCUCGCAUAUCUCGGUUCCGAAAAGUAUGAUGAGGCAGCUAAGUGCUUCCUUGAUGCCGGGGAUCCCAUCAUCUGCCAGCGAUCCAACGAUGUGGCUAGUUCUAAUGACAUCGCAACCUACGGCGGAUUGCUUGCACUUGCCUCGAUGGGCCGAGACGAGUUACAGGAAAAAGUGCUCGAUAACUCUUCAUUUAGAAAUUACCUCGAGUUGGAGCCUCAACUUCGCAAAGCCAUCUCCAUGUUCGUGAAUUGCCGUUACUCGGCGUGCCUGCAGAUUCUCGAACGGUAUCGCGCCGACUACCUCCUUGACAUAUAUUUACAGAGUCACGUGCCCAAGAUCUUCUCGAUGAUUCGAAAGAAAUGCAUCGUCCAAUACCUGGUACCAUUUUCCUGUGUAACCCUCGCCAAUUUGAAUGCGGUAUUUGCCAAGCCGGGCGAGAGUCUCGAGGCGGAGCUGAUAUCAAUGAUCAAGAGCGGCGCGUUGUCAGCACGAAUCAACACAAUUGACAAGGUUCUUGUUACGGUAUCGAGCGAGCCCCGUGUAGCAAUGCAGAUGAAUGCACUACAAACGGUGAGAGACUAUCAUAAAGAGGCUUUGGAACAAAUACGCCGUAUGAAUAUCGCCCAGGCUGAACUUGAGGUGAAGGGACCGGUUCGUAAGGGCGUCAGUGGCUCCGCCGGUUCUGGCAGCUUACCUGGCAUCAGCGACAUGUUAAGUGAUGACAUUAUGAGUGAAUCGACUCAGGUAAUAGAGGGUGUGGCUUAGGGUGAAGCACCCGAUGUGAGACAUAUUGAUUUAAACGGAAAAGCCACUGAACCACGCAGCGUUACGAAGAGUAUGAACGGUGACGCAUAUCUUCCUAUGGCUAGAGUCAAGGAUUGACUCUCCGAAGAUGGGCUAUAAGUAGAGGUUAGGCAAUAAUCGCUAAGCCAUGCGAUUGAAUGCU